GUAACCCACAAUGUAACAUAUACAGGCUAUCACGUAAGCUGGCACAAGAUGUUUGAAACAGAACACCUGUGCCAUUGCGACUGCCGUUGUACCUCCGCGCAGGAAUUAAAUAGUUACAUUUAUUCAAUAAAUCUAAAAGAUCAGAAAUUUCGACUUCAAAUAACGUCUACAUAUCGAUUAUUUCAAAACAGACCUGAUUGUGAUUGGACAACUGCUAUAUAUUGACGUUUUUGCGCAAAUGUUUUAGAAAUUUGCUUUGGGUUUUUGGGCUGGCUUGAAGCGAUGGAAGAACAAGAUGCGAAAGCAUACACCCCAGAGCCAGAACGGGCAACCAUUUGCCCAGGAGUUUGCGACCCAAUUUUAGAACCAGAAGGAAUAAUAUCUAAUGAUAUAGAAUGCCAUCAAACUGCUACUGUACCAGAUGGUGGUUGGGGUUGGGUGGUUACUUUUGCAGCUUUCACUAUAAACAUUGUAGUGAUAGGAAUCCAUAACUGCUUCAGUCUUCUGUAUAUAGAUAUGAUCGCAGAGUUCAAGGGUUCACUUUCAAAAACAGCAUGGAUUGGGUCAAUUGCUUUUGGCUGUAUUCUCAUUUUUGCCCCUCUAAGCGGAGUGUUAGCUAACCGAUUUGGCUGCCGAAAGGUGACCCUUGCUGGAAUCGUUAUCGCUUCGACGUUUCUGUUUGCUUCUUCCUUUGCUACCUCUAUUGAGAGUUUAUUCUUGACGUAUGGGUUCGGAUUUGGGUUUGGCACCAGCCUCGCUUACAUGCAAGGGGCGGUGAUGGUUACAAGAUACUUCAACACAAAGAGAGCACUCGCGAGCGGAAUUUGCCUAGCAGGCAGCUCGCUUGGAACUCUGGUGAUCGCGCCCAUAUACAAUAUCCUAAGCACCAACUACGGUUGGCGCGUUGCAUUAAAAGUCCUAGGAGGCGGAUCGUUAUCUACUGUUCUCUGUGCAGCCACUUACAGACCAUUAAACGAACCUAGCGCCGCGCCCAGAUCGACACAAGAAAGAAUCCAGUCUUCUCCUGCCAAGGGCCUCGUUAUGGAACUUGCGCUGUGGAAAAACAAAGCGUUUUUAGUUUGGUGCUUAGCAGUGGGCUUAUGCAAACUCGGCUAUCUAGUACCAUGGGUCCAUAUGAUAAAACUUUGCAGCGACAUCGGUAUCAGUCGUCCGCGUGCCGCUUCCAUGCUACAAUACAUGAGUGUAACGUCUACUAUUAGCAGAUUGGUAGCUGGUAAGCUUGCCGACUCGCGAUACAUCAACCGCUUGUAUCUCUCCCAGUUCAGUGCUUGUAUGAUGGGAGUCGUAACUCUCAUUCAACCAAGCAUGUACACUCAAAACGGCGUACUGGCAUAUGCCAUUAUGUUCGGAACCUUGGACGGCGGGGUUGAAAUUUUGUUACCGGUUAUGACACUGGAUCUUGUGGGCGCUGACCAACUAUCUGUCGCAUGGGGCUGCAUAUUAGCAGUUAUUUCGCUCAGUUCUCUUGGACCGCCUGUUGCAGGAGCCAUCCGAGAUCAAAGUGGGAGCUAUAUGGCUGCCUUUUACUUCGCCGGAGCACCGAUGGUGCUGAGCGCAUUCGUCUUGCUGCUAAUUCCUCUAUGGGCGAAACGGCAGGAGCAAAUUAUUGAACAAAGUUAUUUGUCCAUUGACCCAACCAAAAUGAACACAAUCCAAGAAAUGAGCGAUCACUAUCCACCAAAACACUCCAAACAUUUUAAGGCCGCUGCUGUUGCCACUUUACAGCAGUGUAGUAACAUUAAGAACGCAUUGAAAGGAAAGCUUCCCCGUCGGGACAAAUCAUCCGGCAAACUUCUGCAGCAAAGAAAUAGAAAUCGCAGCGAAAAUAUCCCAAUCAACGAAAUCGUGCAUCAAGUUACCAAUUCAUUUCAUGACAUCGCUACCAUUUCGAAAAAUUAUGCACGCGAAACAUGAAACAGUUUCUACCUCC